CCCCUCCAACGGGACUGGAGCUGAAUAAAAACAAAACCAAUAAAAUCAUUCAGCCACAUGCGCGCUCACACCCCAGCUGCACAACCCGCGCACAAAUGCACCAUUAUGUAAGUGGUAGCCUAUGAUAUUUUGGGAGCCGUCUAACAUAUGGGACACCGUGUCCUGCUGGUGGACUCCCCAACACCACCCCGCUCCCCCCUGGCCCGCAGAGCGGAGGUGGUGUGGGAGGUAGAGGGGUCUGCCGGGGGCAAGGAGUGGACUACAGAGCAGAGAGUGUAGCUGCACGCUGAAGGAGGCUGACGGGGUUGUCAGGCGUUUAUUUUGAAGGGGGUGGGGGUCGUGAGAUCAGGAGCCAACCACGUGUUUUCUGAGUCUCUGCUUGAAAAAAAGAAAUGGAGUCCAAGAAGCAGAGGGUGCCACAUGUGCGGCGGCUGCUGCGCGUGCGACGCGAGAGCACAGCAUCGGUGCCCCAGUUCACCAACUCCCCGACCAUGAUAGUGAUGGUGGGACUCCCGGCGAGAGGGAAAACCUACAUCUCCAAAAAGCUCACCAGAUACCUGAACUGGAUCGGCGUUACGACUAAAGCGUUCAAUGUCGGGCAGUAUAGAAGAGAUGCCACACGGUCCUACAAAAGCUUCGAGUUCUUCAGACCCGACAACACAGAGGCCAUGAAGAUACGCAAGGCCUGUGCCAUCACUGCCCUCAAAGAUGUGUGUGAGUACUUCACCAGAGAGCAGGGGCAGGUGGUGGUUUUCGAUGCCACCAACACCACCCCAGAGCGCAGAGAGGUCAUCCUCAGCUUUGCCAAGGAAAACGGUUACAAGGUCUUCUUUGUGGAGUCCAUAUGUGAUGAUCCAGAAAUCAUCGCUGAGAAUAUUAAACAAGUGAAGCUGAGCAGCCCCGACUAUGCCGACUGUGACAAAGAGGAGGCUGUGGCUGACUUCCUGAAGAGGAUCGAAUGUUACAAGUUGACCUACGUCCCACUGGAUGACAACAAGGACAGGAACAUGUCCUACAUAAAAAUCUUCAACGUGGGCAGCAGAUACCUGGUGAACCGUGUCCAGGACCACAUUCAGAGCAGGAUAGUCUACUACCUCAUGAACAUCCACGUCACACCAAGAUCCAUCUACCUGUGUCGCCACGGAGAGAGCGAACUCAACCUCGUGGGUCGCAUCGGGGGAGACUCCGGGCUGUCGCCUCGCGGGGCAAAGUUUGCCAGUGCUCUGGGUGAGUACAUGCGUGGGCAGUGUAUCACUGACCUGAAGGUGUGGACGAGCCACAUGAAGAGGACCAUCCAGACCGCAGAGGCUCUGGGAGUCCAGUAUGAACAGUGGAAGGCCCUCAAUGAGAUAGACGCUGGGGUUUGUGAGGACAUGACAUAUGAGGAGAUUCAGGAGCAUUACCCAGAGGAGUUUGCACUGAGGGACCAAGACAAGUAUCGCUACCGUUACCCUAAAGGAGAGUCGUAUGAGGACCUUGUCCAGCGUCUGGAGCCGGUGAUCAUGGAGCUGGAGAGGCAGGAGAACGUAUUAGUCAUCUGUCACCAGGCUGUGAUGAGAUGUCUGCUGGCCUACUUUCUGGACAAGAGUGCUUAUGAGCUGCCCUACCUGAAGUGUCCUCUCCACACAGUUCUGAAACUCACCCCAGUCGCCUACGGUUGUAAAGUGGAGUCUGUCUUCCUCAACAUUGAAGCUGUUAACACACACAGGGACAAACCAGAGAACGUGGACGUGAACAGAGAACCGGCAGAGGCGUUAGAGACGGUCCCAGAACACAUCUAGAGGAGGAAACGCAACAGGGACCUGGAUCAUUUCCAUCCACCCUCAUGGAAAGUGGCCUUUUUUAAAAUUUAAUGAAUCAUACUGUUCAUUGUUAUUGUGGUCAUUGUUGUGAAAUAGACAAACUUUAUCUGAUAUGUGAAAAUGAGACAUUUCUCCUACAGCAUUUCCACCGUAGAUGCACUUUAUAAUGCAGGGCUCAGGUCAACUGUCAGUGAUAUGAAGAAGAGGAGUCCUUUACUGUGAAAAACUACUGAACACUGUCCAGAGGACCAGGAUUACUGUGGGAAUAUUCUUGUAUAUUUCCUCUUCCCUUCUUGUACUAUAAGUACUUGUACUCUUAACGUGAACUGGCAUGUCGGUUUGAGCCAUUUGCAAUCUUCCUCCACAUUCAGAGGUAUAUUAUGAGAAUCAGAUGACUGGUAAGAAGGUAUUAUUUCUGAGAGGCUGUGGUUUUGUUACUCGUAGUCACAGCGGUAUGAAGAGGAGAAGAGAGUUUUCACAGUGUUGACUAAAAGCUGAAGGAGACUUUAGGGAAUAGUUUGACAUUUUGAGAAAUUUGCUUUCUUGCCGAGUUAGAUGAGUCAAUACCAAUAUCAAUACCACACUGGUGUCUAAAUAUGACGUGACAGAGAUAUGACAAUUAGCUUAGCAUAGCAUAAUGACUGGUAAUGGGGGCAACAGCUAGCCUGGCUCUGAGAAAUCUAACACAAAUCUUCCUACCAGCAUCUCGAAAGCUCAAUAGUUAACACCUUAUAUCUUGUUGGCUUUAUCCAUGCAAAAAAACAACCUCAUAUGCACAACAAGACUCAAAAAUAUAGCAUUGAAUUUUAAAGUAAAACAAAUGUAGUUAAGUUUACAUUCACACAUGUUGCGUAUCCUUCCACCUUCCUUAUUUUAAAUUGAGCAUUGUUUACAUCCGUGUUAACUAGUUGCAGUCUUCUUCUACACUGACUUUGUGUUUCCUGGUGCCACCAACUGUCAAUCAGCAGAAGAGCGUGAAACCAACAGCACGAUGUGAAUCGUAAAAACAUCGCUCCAAAGUGUUACUAGUGGUCACACUCCACAGGACCACCUUUUUUAAUUAGCUUCACCUAGAAAGUAAAAUUUCCUCAGGAGACCCUUGUUUCAAUAAAGGACACGAUAGUGUAAAUAUAUUCAUGUACUUCUUUCCACGUGUCUCUAGAUUUGGUCUCUAGUCAGAAAACAUGUGUUUGUAAACACAGUUUCAGCUCUUACUGGAGUCUGCACUGGUUGCUUGACUCCAGGAAGUCACCGCUUCCUUGGUAGAUGUUGUUAACCUUUGGACAGACCCGAGCUAGCGGUUUUCCUUUGUUUUCAGUCUUUAUGCUAAGCUAAGCUAACCGCCUGCUGGCCCCAGCUUCGUUUUUACCAUACAGAGACUCGGGUGGCAUCAAUCUUCUCAUCUAACUCCCUGCAAGAAAGUGAAUAAGUGAAGUGUCGAACUAUUCCUUAAACUUAAACUGGCCUGUAAGUCAUUUUGUGUCAUGUCUAAAUUCACAGAGGAACAUCAUACAAGUAUCCAAAUUACUCUGGUAAAUUUUGGGUGGAGGUGGUGGUGUAACUUGUUGCAGUGGACAUGUCACGGUGUUGUACGUUGGUAUAAAUGCUGAAUGAAACUAGAAGGGACAUUUGGCACUUUAACUGCCCAAUACCAUGAUGUGCCUCACACAAGUCAAAUAUACAUGAGUACUCUAUGCACCCUCCAUAUAGACUGGAGGCAGAUGCAGGCCUUGUACUCUGUGUGUGUACUGUACUAUGUUUUUAACGAACACACCUGAGGGGAUCUGGUGCAAACGUUUUUUUUUUUUAAAUUUGGAACUAUUUUACAGAUGACUGAUGGCUGUUUGUUAAACCUUUGUGAACUACAUUAUGUUCAUGGUCUUCAUGAUCAGUUUAGUGCAGCUGUGUAGUGAUCAGGGUUACUUGGGUCUUAGGUCAGGAUCUGGGGCCUCUUUGGUUUACCUGGCUUUACUGAAUCCGGCAUCAGGGAACCUGGAUAACUGGUAUCAUAAAGCUGCUUCUCAGCAGACUCUGUCAAACACUCAGAAAGUGUUAUUCACCAAUAUACAAAACAAUUAAUCGCACAGCUUGAAGAGAAUAAGAUGCUGUAAAAACAUUCAGAAAUAAUAUCCAAAUAUUAAAAGUAGUGCUAAAGCUCCUAAUGUGGGAAAAGUCGUAGCCUAAAUGCCAACGUAAAACCAACAAAAAAGUGAUUCUGCUGCCAGACAUCUGACCAAAAUGUUGCACUUAUAAUUGAUUGGGAGCUAAUUCACCUGUGGAUUUUAUUUUCUGAUAAAAGUUAACUGAGGGUAUACUUUUAUUUCCAGUUAUCAUCAUAAAGUCGUCUUUUUAGUCCUGAGCUGCAAUGAUUUUAAAAAGUUGGUUAUAACAUAUAGUUUGGUGAAUUAUGCCUCAGCUGUUUUAAACUAAAACAGACACAUGUAAGCUCUUUCCCUUUUGUUUUAGAUAGGAUCCCAUAGGAAUAAUUAUGCUUUAUUUUUGCCAAUGAUACUACUGAUAUCAGCCCGAUACAGACUCAAAUAGCUGGAUCCGGUAUCAGUGACAAGAUGGUCAAUCUAUUCAAUUACACGUGUACUACACAAUGUGUCAGCAGUGGGCACAAUGACCCAAACAUUUUGCUAGGAGAGCCACAUAGCAUUUUGUUUUACAAAGUUAGGAAGCAAUGUCAAGCGUGAUGUUGCCUUAUACAUAAAAUAUUGAUUUCCAGUCUCGUCCUCACAGUGAGGAUUACAUCUUCUUCAUCUUCUUUACACUUGUAUGAGAUCGGUACUCAGCAUCAGCCGAUACCCAAAGUCCAGGUAUUGUAUCGGGACUGAAAAAGUCAGAUUGGUGCAUCCCUACUGACUGGUCAGUAGUCGAGCUCUUGCCAACUUAUGAUUUUUUCCUCUGAAGUUAAACUUCUGGGGAGCUGAUUAGCCCUGCAGCAUAAGUUUGCAUCAUUAGUGAUCUGUCGUAAAAAAAAAAUAAAAAAACAUAAUUAAAAAAGUGAACCAGCUUCAUGGUACCAGAAAACCCGAGUUAAACCCAAAGAUCGCCGGCUAACCUACAAAUCUCGCUUUCUGAUGCAGGAUCCUGCUGUUCUGCUUCUCAAAAGCAGUAGUAUUCAAUUCAACAGUUACUUUGGGUCACCUGGGGGAGCAAUAGCAAAUACAAUUUUCUCAGGGGAACUUUAUUUAAUGAAAAUAAAAAGGGAUGCCAGCACACGUCAGUGUAAAUAAAUGCAUGUUUGUCUUCCAACACAAUGUGACGAGUGUCAGAAAACUAGAAUCUAAAAUAUCAAGUCGUCCCUUUAAAGCACAUGUUCAGCUGUUACGGUCAGUGGCAGCAAAUGCAGUGUCAAAUCAGUACACUUGUGCUUUUCAAACUGUAUCUAAAAGGUCACAGCUUUGUCAUUAUGCGUUUCUCUAUGUACAUGUGCAAUUGUGCCUGUGUGUCCUGAGCUCUGUAAUAUGUAGCAACUAGGACGUCAAGUAGGUCCUUAAACAGGACUGUCUUAUUGUGGAACAGCAAUAAAAAGUCAAUCAAUGCAAUCACUCAUGUUGAAUCUGUUAUAAAAGAUUUUAUUUUCAAGUCCAGGCAAUAUAAUAAAAAUGGAUAUCUGA